AUGAAAGACCUUGGACCCCCCACGUUUUGCCUCGGCAUUGAAGUCAACCGGCUCCAAGAUGUCUCCCAGACCGUGGACCAAGUGCUCGACGAAGCGAUUGCUGCUAACGAGGCUUCAGCUGCAACGAUCAAGAACCAAGCGGCACAGAUGGCCGAUGCGCUCAAGACCAAGCGUUUCGACCUUGCGGAACUCACGACCUUGGGAUGCAUCGACGUGGCAUGGCGCAAC